AUGGACACUCCUGUCUGGCAGCUUGAACCUGGUGACAAUGACAUUCAGUCUCUAAAGGAGUCGAACGAGAGACUUCGACGUGCCCUCUGCUCCAUGGAAAGAAAAUACAUCCGCACUAAAGAAGCUCUCGAUGCAGCCACCAAUCUCCUAGGACACAACAAAAGUCCGUUUCCAUUCUUGCAACUUCCUCGUGAGAUACGUGACCAAAUCUAUCUUUUGGCGCUUCAAGCAGAAAAACCGAUCAGGAUUGAGCCACAAGAACUUCAACAUCUCAGUUUGGAUGACGACCGUCGAAAGCCUGCCACCCCCAGUUUGCUGUACCUGAACAGGCAGAUCAGUCAAGAAGCCGCCGAGAUUCUCUAUUCCAAAAACGAACUCUCCGUUACUGGACCGGGAGAGCUUCUUCGAUUCCAACAACAAGUCGGUAGCCGAAACAAGGACUUAGUUCGCGUACUGAAGAUCAGGAUGUUCAUCUACCAGGAUAUGGCGUGUAUUCAGGAUCCAGCCUAUAUUGCUUCAUACGAUUUCAAGCCGGUUCCGUCGCACUGGGAAAAGGCUCUGUCUCAGUUGGAAAUGAAGGGGAUCAAAACCUUGAAGGUCAAGAUUAUGGACUGUGUUGAGCAUGGCGAUGGUCUUGCAGUGAUGUCGCCAGUGCUUCAACGCUCAAUUGUGCACUUCUUCAGAGAAAGUCCAGAUAAACCACGAGAGCGCUCUCCAAAGUUAGGGCUAAAGGGAUUUCGAGAUUCUGAAAAGGGAAAAUUCCCGGAACAUCUUGAUACCUUCACUUAUGAAACCUUUUGA